UGACUCGUAAUUUCUGCAUCAUCACACGAUAAAAUAUUAUCGUAGAUUCAUAAAUAUCGUUAAAUAAAUUAUCGUUAACUAUAUAUAUAAUUAGCAAUAUAUUCUGUACAGUUGACAGCGAGGUUAAGUUUUCAUUAGAUCUGUCCGUUUGCGAAGAACUGCAAAACCAGUAUACUUUCACUCUAACUUAUUGCACUAGUGUGUACAGUUUAAAAAUGUUUUGAAAACAACGGCCUAUUAUGUAAUGUAUAUUCGAUCUGGCUUUCGGAUUGAUGUCGCGUCUUUCGUGGAUUUGUUUUCAAUGUUAAAUGCAUAUUUCAAAAUAUAUUCAGAUCUCCCUCUCUUCUUAUCUCCCUCUAUUAAAAAUUAGAAUGUCCUUGUCGGAAACAAAUCCUUCUCCUUCCUCAUUGGUUGGUGGGAGGAAUAUUCUUCCAAUGACACGACUUAGGAACGAAUUUAAGGAAUUUACGCGUCAUCAAUUCGAAAGCCAGACUAAACAUUUUAUCAUAUCACGGCAGCCUGAUAUAUCAGCAAUUCCUUUAAGUCAGUUUUGGACACGUGCACGUGUAUAAGUAUUUACUAUGGUCUCAGCAUGGGAAGAUUUUUAUGCCAAGCAUCCACCUCCUCAAGACUUAGCACAAAAUGAGAGCGCAUUGAAGGAAUUCACCAAGAAGCACUUGGAGAAGGGUAACAAAGUAGUACUAGUGACGAGUGGAGGUACAACGAUACCUUUGGAACACAAUACAGUUAGAUUUGUGGAUAACUUUAGUGCAGGUACAAGAGGAUCUCUUUCUGCGGAGUAUUUCUUGGAGCAUGGAUAUGCAGUUAUUUUUAUGUAUAGAGUAAAGUCUUUGGAACCAUUCUCUAGGCACUUUGUAGGUCAGAAAUUCUUAGAUAUGCUGCAAGUAUCAGAGGAUAGCGAGAACUCUGUUAUCACUGUAUUACCAGAACACACACAAAAGGUAGCGAUGGUGUUACAAAAAUACAGAGAAGCAUUGGACCAGGAAAAAUUGCUGCAGCUUAGCUUUACAACUCUUUCCGAAUAUCUUUGGCUCCUCCGGUCUGCUUGUCAAGCACUAGCACCUCUAGGAAACAGAGCUAUUCUAUAUUUGGCGGCCGCAGUCUCGGACUUUUACAUUCCUUCCAACGAGAUGUCGAUCCAUAAGAUACCCUCAAGCGGGCCUCCAACUAUCCAGCUUAAAUUGGUACCAAAGAUCUUAGCUCCAUUAGUCAGUUUGUGGGUGCCGCAAGCGUUCGUGGUGUCAUUUAAAUUGGAAACUGACGAAACCGUGCUGAUUUCGAAAGCAAGAACUGCUCUGAAUAAAUAUCAUCAUAAUCUUGUAAUAGCUAACAUGUUGCAAACUAGGAAGCAGCAGGUGGUAAUCGUGAGCGAGAAGACCAACUACGUUUUAUCUCUUACGAACGAGCAGCUGAACGACGGCGAAGAGAUCGAACAAUUAAUAGUGAAAGAUCUCGUUGAGAAACAUACAAAAUUUAUACGAUCCAAUGAAGUUAGUUGAUCCUGUUGUUGGAAUCUAUUAAAUUAGGUAGAAUACUAAAUACUACUUAUUAGAUACUAAAAUAUUAGAUUUUCUAAGAUGCAUUUCAAGAAUAAAAAAAUGUUACAACUUUCUAUGGAAUACUAAUGGGAUACUCAGGUUUAGUAUAUAGUACUAUAUGUGUAGAAUACUGCUAAUAUACAGAAGUUAUAGUUAUCACUAUUUUAUACAACCGAUAUUUUGCAUUUACAUUUUUGUACAGAUUACAACUAUGCAGAUAUUUAGAUCAAUUUGCUAUUGAUUAUAAAGAUAUAGCAGAUAUAUUUAUCGAAGAAGUAUUUACUGUUUUAUUGAUUUUAUGUGAAUUAUGCUCUCUCACACAAGUGUUUACUGACUUAAAUUGUCUUUUAUUGUAAAUGGAUUAUAUUGAAUAUUUAUCUUGUUAAUAUCUUAUAUAAAAAUCACUUAUCUUGUGUCAUAUUUAACGUGUUAACAUUAACAUAAAAAUAUCUUAAUUCUUGAGACUAGCUAGAAACAUGUUGACCUUGUCUAUCAAUUGUCUAUCGGAGGAUCCACAUUGCGCCAGUACAAAUGCAAGAGCUGCAGUGUCUUUUUGCUCAAAUGCUGUUUGAGCCGCUUCAUUCAACAUGCUAUGGAACAAUAAUACGUUUAUAUACCUGUAUGCAUCUUAUUUGUAUGUUCUUUUAAAAAGUAUCUGUAUGUGUGAUUUGAAGUACUUACUUCAACUUUACUAGGUAUUUUACUUUAAGAUCAUCUUUAACUCUGCUUAAAUAUUUCCUUGCCUCCAACUUUUCGUUGUACUUCAGGCAUUCGUCUAUAAAUGGCUGUAAAGUUUACCAAAUCUUCUAAUUAUAUUCAAUAAUAUUCAAUAAAUAUAUAUUUACAUGAAAUUAA